CUCAUUAGUCACCCAACACCAAUUCAAUUUCAUGUAACAUGACUCACUCCCUUUGUAUAUAAAUUGCGCAUCUCAGAAUAAUUUAUAAGGUCAAUUCGUUUCUGAUUUCCCAGUACUUAAAUUCCCGUCACCGGAGUUUGAUUUGGAUCUGGACGGAAUAUUCUACGUCGGCAGCCGACGUUAAUCAGCCUAUCCGUACAAUCAAUAUCACAGGUUAAAUUUUGCAUAGCCUGAGUAACUAUUGGGAUUUCUGAACUGAUGAAGAACGGGAUGAUAGAGUGCAGUGUCUGUCAUUCCAAGCUGGUCUCUCCAUCCACAAAAUCUGUUUCACGGGCUUAUGAUCGCCACAGGGAUAAGGUAUCAUCAAAGCAACGGGCUCUCAACAUCUUGUUAGUUGGGGGUGACUGUGUCCUGGUUGGUUUACAGCCUAUCUUGGUUUUUAUGUCAAAGGUUGAUGGAAAAUUCAAGUUUAGCCCUAUUAGUGUUAACUUUUUGACUGAGGCUGUGAAGGUUCUUUUUGCAAUUGUAAUGCUUCUGAUCCAGGCUAGGCGGCAGAAGGUUGGUGAAAAGCCGCUUCUUUCUAUUUCCACAUUUGUCCAGGCAGCUCGCAGCAAUGUGCUCCUUGCCGUUCCCGCAUUUCUCUAUGCUAUUAAUAACUAUCUGAAGUUUAUUAUGCAGCUUUAUUUCAACCCUGCAACAGUGAAAAUGUUGAGCAAUCUUAAGGUUUUAGUCAUUGCUGUACUUCUGAAGAUUGUGAUGAAACGCCGAUUUUCAAUAAUUCAGUGGGAGGCUCUUGCUUUGUUGCUCAUAGGGAUAAGUAUAAAUCAACUUCGGUCCUUGCCUGAGGGUACCACUGCUUUGGGUCUUCCAGUCACAACUGGUGCAUAUAUGUACACUUUGAUAUUUGUGACCGUUCCCUCCAUGGCCUCAGUGUUCAAUGAAUAUGCUAUGAAAAGUCAAUAUGACACUAGCAUUUAUCUUCAGAACUUGUUUUUGUAUGGAUACGGUGCCAUAUUCAACUUUCUUGGAAUCCUUGUAACUGUCAUUUUUAAAGGACCCAGUAGCUUCGAUAUAUUGGAAGGACAUUCAAAAGCUACCAUGCUUUUAAUAUGCAACAAUGCAGCACAAGGAAUUCUAUCCUCCUUUUUCUUUAAAUAUGCUGAUACGAUUUUGAAGAAAUAUUCGUCAACUGUCGCGACUAUAUUUACGGGAAUAGCAUCUGCUUUGUUGUUUGGCCAUACUCUGACCAUAAACUUUAUGUUAGGGAUUUCGGUGGUUUUCAUCUCAAUGCACCAGUUCUUUUCACCUCUUUCUAAAGUCAAGGAGGACCAACAAAAUGGGGUGCUGGAGAGAGUGGAUGUACAGGAUAAUAAUAGGUCGAGAGAGUCCUUCAUAAAUAUGACAGCUGGAGCAAAUGAGGAGACUAGUCAUCGGGUGGCAACUGAUGAAAGACAGCCUCUUCUUCCCAUUUAAGUUCCCUGAGAGAAGAUUGACAAACGAACUCGUAAUGCUUCCCGUACAUGUGCAGCACUUCUACUAAUUCGACUAAAUCUUGUUGCUGGUGGUUCCUUUGCUCUUCUUUGCAGCAUAUUUACCAGAGGAUACAGAACAGGCAAUCAAGCAGUAUCACUUACAAAAAUAAAAUGCAAGCGCUCCGUUAUUACACUUUUGAGAAAUGUCGUCACAUGAUAAUGGCUUCAUUUCAUUUGAUACGUGUAUGGAAAUUUAUUCUUGAAGGAGCGCGUAGAAAGAGGUGGUGUCUACUACCUCUUCAGUUCUGUUAACUGGUGUUUAUGUAUAUCAAUUACUUUAUACCACUAAUAGAUUAUUUCUUGAUUUAUUUGUUAUAUGAAAAUACGACCUUCACAUUUUUGUAAUAAUUUUUUUUUUUUUUUU